GACGUAGCCAACGAGCUCAAUCCAUCCUUACCUUCUGAGAAAUUGUCAAGGUACUGCCUUACACAAUCGAUAGAUGCCAAGAUGAACGGUACAAUUUUUGUAAAUGCUGCGUCCACAUGCAAAAGAUUUCCAAUGGUGCAGAAUGCCCUUGAAGGUCAUUUCAAUCGAAAGCCUCAAAAUUCUGAGUGUACAGCGUCGACCAGUCCAAGUCGCUCACCUUUUGAAGGAAGAGCUAGUGUAGACCUGGUCUAUCAGGAAAAGACUGACUUAAUAGUCCCCACCAAAGCUCAUAAUGAAAUACUAUCAUGUACAGAAGAUGUGGAGGGCACCAAAAAAUCAAAAGAUGAUAGUUCAUGUUAUGACGUGAGUCCAUCAUCGAGCUCCUCGUCUGACCCGUAUACAGAUGACUUGUUGUCAUGCUCACCUAACUAUACAAAAGUCGCUGCUGCUAGCAAAUUGAGUACAGCAACUUCGCAAUGUGGUGAGUUGACGCAAGAGGAAUCAAGCAUUCUUGUGAGUAGCAAUGGUCUUGUGUUUCCUGAAAUUACCAAUGAUGUGAAACAUUAUUUGGAUUAUAUUCGAACUGCAACUGCUGUUUACUGUUUGAAACUUGGAGUUCAACCUAAGUUGGAGGAUAUUCUUGGUGAUGUGAAAGAAAAGUUUUCUCCCGAAUGGAUCGACUAUGUUUUGAAAUACAUUCCGGAGGUGACUCUACUGCCAUACGAUGGACAAGGUUUCAGAGUACGUGUCUCAAAAUUUGUUUCUGUGAGAUUUUUUCCUAGCUGCAUCUUGUCUAUCGAUAGUUGUUCUGUGGAUAAAUUGCAGCCCGCGAGUCAAUUCUCUAUAGCUACGAUUCAACUUUUUUUGAAUGCCGAGCUUUAG